CACAAAAUGAUUUUUAUUGGCUGCAUAACAAACACCGUCACAUGGACGUACCAUAAUUUCUUUUACAUAUAAGUUGUGGCAUUACAUUUUAGUUUGACGUUGUGUGAUGCUUCUUGACAAUGGCACAGAAAAAAAAUGAUCCAACAUAACACUCAUGUGGCUGGUGUGUAAAUGUACAGUACCUGGAAUUCCUUUAAAAAGGUGGAUCGCUUUCCUUCCUUUUCCUGUCACCCCUAUAAUCAAGCUGCUACAAUCGUUCAAGACCUAUGCAGAUGCUCCGUUCAGUAUUUUUACAAUAACAAGUUUAUCAAUUAAUUACUGGACCGACCACAAACUUUCCUAUGCAUUUUGAAAACAGAUUUCAGCCACAGUUUGCUCUUCCAAAAUACACACUGAGCCUACCUACUGCUAAACUGCUCUUUCAGGACCCAGCAAACCGACAAUUUCGGCGCGAGGAGCUAACAAUGCGAAUGGGCUUUUUUCUCCCUUAAAAUUUCCCGACCGUCGGUGGACACGUAUUUGCUUGGAGAACCAGAAUUCCGUUCUGGGCGGUGAGGAGGCAGCCUCUCCUGCCCCAAGAGGCGGCCACACGGGUUUGCGGAAUUUGACAGACGACCUCGAUCUUCGGGGAUUUUCCGAGCAGGACGCGGGCACCGAAGAGGAGGGAAAGUGCAUACUGCCCAUGUGACGCACCUUCGCCUUCAGGUCCCAGAAGCGCAGUGCCGCUGCAGUCCAUGCCGAUCCUCCACCACUAGUUUUCCUCCCAAAGACCUGAUGAAAACCACGGAGUUCUGGGAGGCACGCUUCGAAAAUUGUUGGUUUUUCUUUUUUUUUUUUUUUUUAAAUCGGCUUUUACCAUUUUAUAAGUGUGCUGACAAUCUUUUCGGAGUCACCACUACUUACGGCUCACCCAUUUGCCAACCUUUCCCUACAGUUCAUUCCCGUGCUUUUCCAACCCUCCCAGGUUUGGUUCCACUCAAAGGAGAAAAGCGAGAGCAACAGUUUGGUCGCCCAUCAUCAGCCCGUCCGUCUCCCGGGCACAAACGACCCGGGGCUUCGGCUCUCCGUCGGCCCGCAGGAGGACGCGCGUACGAGGGGCCGGCCCGGGACACCGGUCGCGGCCCGAGGGCCACCGGCCAAGGUUCCCUCGCCUGGCCCGGCCGCGGCGCGUAGCCUCCCCACAGGCCCGGGCGCCCGGCCGGGCGCAUGCGCGCGGCGCUCCCGGGCGUGCCGGCCACACUCCCCCCACCCACUCGGAGAGCUUGUCACUUCCUGCCCUCGCCCCAUCUCCGUCCGGGGUCAGUCAGUCGCUCCCUGUCGCUGCGGGAGUCUCUGCUUCCCCCUUCCUACCCGCUCCGCGGCGGUAGCUCAGGCUCUUCGGGGAGGGGGAGACGGAGAGAGAGAGAGAAACUGACUUAAUAAAGUUUCCUGAAACAACAACUACUACCAAAAAAGGCCCAAGGUGGGGGGGACCCCCAUUCUUCCCCGCCCUCUCCAAAAGCCUGAGGGACCGUUGCAGGUGGAACGGCGCUGGGGGGAGCCGGGCUCCGGCGGCAGCCGUUGCCCCGGCGAGGGGCGCCCAGGUCCUGCCCGCUGUGGUUCCGGCUCCUUCGGGGGCGGCUGCGGCUUCUGCGGGGCGGUUCCUCCUGUCAACUGCCUGCGCCCGCGCGCCACCCGCCCGCCCAGCUCCACAGCGCGGAGGGACGCCGUGAGCCGCCGCCUCCGUCGCCGUCGCCUCGGGCCGCGGAGGGACGUGGUGAGCUGUGGCGCUUCCGCGUCAGCGCCGGCGGGGACUCUUUGGGAGCGCGUCGGGCCCGAACCCCGGUUCCCUUCGCGUGGUCCGCCGAGGCUGCGCCAGGUGGGGCCCGAAGCCGCCUCCCACGCCAGGCUGUCCCCGCGGCUGCCCGGCCUGCCUUCCUUCCUUCCGCCGGCCCGCCCUAGGAGUUAACCAAGCCGCAAUGAAGAGCUUCUUACAGUGAAAGGAAAGUAGGUCUCGCCCACUGAAAAUGCCUUUAAGGGACAAAUACUGUCAGACUGACCACCAUCAUCACGGAUGCUGUGAACCAGUUUAUAUCCUGGAACCUGGAGAUGCUCCUUUGUUACAGCAACCACUACAGACAUCCAAAUCUGGUAUUCAGCAAAUAAUUGAGUGCUUUCGAUCAGGAACUAAACAACUUAAGCAUAUUUUAUUAAAAGACGUGGACACUAUUUUUGAAUGUAAAUUAUGCCGCAGUCUCUUCAGAGGAUUACCAAAUUUAAUUACCCAUAAAAAAUUCUACUGCCCACCAAGUCUCCAGAUGGAUGACAACCUUCCUGAUGUAAAUGAUAAACAAAGUCAAGCCAUAAACGAUCUCCUAGAAGCCAUAUAUCCAAGUGUGGACAAGCGAGAAUAUAUUAUUAAGCUAGAACCCAUAGAAACUAAUCAAAAUGCAGUGUUUCAGUAUAUUUCAAGGACUGAUAAUCCUACUGAAGUCACAGAGUCAAGCAGUACUCCUGAACAAACCGAAGUUCAAAUACAGGAAACUAGCACUGAACAGUCUAAAACAGUACCCGUUAUAGAUACAGAGGUGGAAACUGUAGAGCCCCCUCCUGUUGAGAUUGUUGCAGAUGAAGUUGCACCUACAUCUGAUGAGCAACCUCAGGAAUCACAGGCUGACUUGGAAACUUCUGACAAUUCUGAUUUUGGUCACCAGUUGAUAUGUUGUCUUUGUAGAAAAGAAUUCAAUUCCAGACGAGGCGUUCGUCGUCACAUUCGAAAAGUACACAAGAAAAAGAUGGAAGAACUAAAAAAGUACAUUGAAACACGAAAGAAUCCAAACCAGUCCUCUAAAGGACGCAGUAAGAAUGUUCUAGUUCCAUUAAGUAGGAGUUGUCCAGUAUGUUGUAAAUCAUUUGCUACAAAAGCGAAUGUAAGGAGGCAUUUUGAUGAAGUUCAUAGAGGACUAAGGAGGGAUUCAAUUACUCCUGAUAUAGCAACAAAGCCUGGGCAACCUUUGUUCCUGGAUUCUGUUUCUCCUAAAAAAUCUUUUAAGACUCGAAAACAAAAGUCGUCUUCAAAGGCUGAAUACAAUUUAACUGCAUGCAAAUGCCUCCUUUGCAAGAGGAAAUAUAGUUCACAAAUAAUGCUUAAAAGACAUAUGCAAAUUGUCCACAAGAUAACUCUUUCUGGAACAAACUCUAAAAGAGAGAAAGGCCCUAAUAAUACUGCCAGCAGUUCAGAAAUAAAAGUUAAAGUUGAACCAGCAGAUUCUGUAGAAUCUUCACCCCCUUCCAUUACCCAUUCUCCACAGAAUGAAUUAAAGGGAACAAAUCAUUCAAAUGAAAAAAAGAACACACCGGCAGCACAGAAAAAUAAAGUUAAACAAGACUCUGAAAGCCCUAAAUCAACUAGUCCGUCUGCUGCAGGUGGCCAGCAGAAAACCAGGAAACCAAAACUUUCAGCUGGCUUUGACUUUAAGCAACUUUACUGUAAACUUUGUAAACGUCAGUUUACUUCCAAACAGAACUUGACUAAACACAUUGAGUUGCACACAGAUGGGAAUAACAUUUAUGUUAAAUUCUACAAGUGUCCUCUUUGCACUUAUGAAACUCGUCGGAAGCGUGAUGUGAUACGACAUAUAACUGUGGUUCAUAAAAAGUCAUCCCGCUAUCUUGGGAAAAUAACAGCCAGUUUAGAGAUCAGAGCUAUAAAGAAGCCCAUUGAUUUUGUUCUAAAUAAAGUGGCAAAAAGAGGCCCUUCGAGGGAUGAGGCAAAACAUAGUGAUUCAAAACAUGAUGGCACUUCUAACUCUCCUAGUAAAAAGUAUGAAGUAGCUGACGUUGGUAUUGAAGUAAAAGUCACAAAAAACUUUUCUCUUCACAGAUGCAAUAAAUGUGGAAAGGCAUUUGCCAAAAAGACUUAUCUUGAACAUCAUAAGAAAACUCAUAAGGCAAAUGCUUCCAAUUCACCUGAAGGAAACAAAACCAAAGGCCGAAGUACAAGAUCUAAGGCUCUUGUCUGCCUCGGGAAGCCGUCGCCCCGCAGCGCCGCCGCCCUGCGCCCGGCCGCCCCGGGGAGCCGCUGCCCGCCCGCGGGCGCCGUCACCACGCGCCAGGCCGCCGCCAGCUGCCGCGCCAAGCUCCGCGGCGGCGCCGCCCGGGAGCGCCAGCACGCCGCCCGCGGCCUCGGGAAGCCCGCGCCGCCGUGAGCGCCGCCGCCCGGCCACCGGCGGGACCACGCCAGCGCUCCGCACCGCCCGAGUACCUCAGGCGCCCCCGCCGCGUCCCGCCUUCUUCCCCGCGCGCCCUGCAGACCGUCCCGGGCUCGGGCAAGUCCGCUCCGACGGCAGCGAACUCCGCGGUGUGCUCAGCUGUUCGCAGACCUCCCUUCACCCGCUCGCUGUGACCGAACCUGGCUCGCCUCACAACUCUUGCCCACGAAGCCCCUCAGGAGGACCGUGUGCCUUAGGGCCGGCGGGUCGGGAGGAUGGCCUCCUUGCUAGUCUUUGCUGCUCUCCGAGCGUAACUUCCUCAUCCUGCCAAAACCCCGGCUUUUUUUUUUUUUUUUUUUUUUUUUUUUUUUUUUAAGAAUCUUCCCACUGGACAGUAGCAACCUCUUUCCCUCCUUGUAAUUUAUCCACUUCCUAGGCAGUUUCUUUCGUUAUUAGUUCUUCAAAGGCCAUUUCCCGCUUUAGUCUUCUUCACCUCAAAUCCUAUCAUCAACAAGCUCCUCCCCACCCCUGCCCCACUGUCUGCCAGAGAUUGGUUUAGUAAGUGUGCAAAUCCCCGAUGCCUGCGGGGUCAUCGACACAGUCUGGAGUGUGUAAUGCGUAACUGUGGUUGAACUCGAACUCCAACAUCCUUGUAACUUCCCUCCUUGUAACUUCAUCCCCAGUGACCAUUUCUUCCCCUAGGAAUCAGUCCUUGCCCCCAUGGCUCUAGACUGCAUCCCGGGAGAUCCGCUACCGGGUUUGCACUGAAGCCAUGCUCCUCCUGGCUACUCCCAGUCCCUAACUGAGCCUCGUGUGGGUAUUAGUGAUGGUCCAUUCAUGUGACAUGCAGGACUCCUCUAAGGAGCAACUUUGUCUCGGGGACUCCUCAGCAGCCUGGUUGAACUUUCUUAGAACCGGGCUGCAUGCAGUCUAAGGCUCUUCUUGCUGGAUCCCCUUCUCCUUUCAUAGGUGUCAGACUUGCAUUAUGGUAUGAAGUCCUUCCCCUCCCUGCUCCUGUUUCCUUACCUUUCUCCUUCACAGAUGUCCCCUCAAUAAAACUCUUGCAAAUUGAAGCCUGCCUUGGUGUCUGCUUCUAGAAGGACCUGAGCUAACAGGUUAUCAAACAUUCCACUCUGAUCAUCUUCCUAUCCUUCUGGAUCCCUUGUUUACUGACAGCUAAUUCAUUAACUUCAUUUUCCCCGCUAUCAGCCCCUGUUCUAGAUUCACUUCCUUCCUUGUCUAGCCUGGAUGCCACAGUCCAUCAUUAUAAUCCUUGAAAUAUAGUGCUCUCAGCAAUCUUUAACCUCAAUUUCUUCCAAUUUACUUUCCCUGUAAACUCCCAGCUCUGGGGAAACUUUACCAUCUGCCUUCCAUGGGCUUUAUUGGGACAACUGAACAUUUUCUUUAAGAAAACCACACAAUGCAGUUAGUUUCACUUUCAACUCAUGUUUUCCAACCUCAAAUUGGUGCUGUUGUUCCCACUGUAGUUUCAGUUUCCCACUUCUAAUGCAUAUACCUUUUCAUCUCUCCUCAAAUUUUCUGAUCCCUUCCUACCUGUUUACUUCAAACUUCUCUUGGAAAAGAGAAGAUAAUUGCAUAAAAACCUCCUCAUCUUCCCACCACAAAACCCUCCUACCCCCCAACCUCCCAACCCAGCUACCUUGGUAACCUCCUCCUUCCUUUUUGUGACUAUGGAGGAAAUUUCAAAUUCCAGCCCCUCUUCUUGUGCUCUGGAUCCCGUUCUCUGUCGCCUUUCCAAGGACUUUUCUCCUUAGGUUUUCCCCUUUCUCUCUUCUACAUCAUCAGUCCCUGUCUUGAAUGGAUCAUUCUCAUCUCCCUGCAGACACGUUCCAGCGUCCUCAAUCUAAACCACGUCUUUCCCACCAAUAGCCAUUUCUCAGCUCUCCUUCGUAACCAAACUCUGUGGAGUUAUCUUUAUAUAUUGUCUUCAUCUAAUCUUCCAAUUGCUUUCAAUCCACAAUGUGACUCCCCCUGCCCCACCACUGAAAGUGUCCUUGUUAAGAUUACCAGUCACUUCCGUGUUAUCCUAACAAAGGAGGAUACCUUUCUGUCCUCACCUUGACCACUCUCUGCUUUUUAAAUGUUCUGUCUUCUUAUCCAAGGCACUGUUGUCUCCUGGUUUCCCUCCUCCUUCACUGAUCAGUGUUAUACUUCUGCCUGGCUUUGAGAAGUUGAGGUCUCUCACCUCCAUUCAGCUCCCUCUUUUCUUUCCAUGUACUUUCUCAGGACAGUCUUAAUUUCCAUCCAUUUAAGCACUGUCUUUGUGCUAAAGGGUUCAACUUUGUUUCCCCCCUUGACCUGUAAGUUCUAGACUCAUAUCUAGUUGUUUGCUUAAUAUCUUCCUUUGGAUAACUCAGAUCUUUCAAACUUAACAUGUCCAAAAUCGAAUUCCUCAUUCUCAUCCCAAACCUGUUUCCCCUCACCUUCUCUAUUGCAGUAAAUAGCACUGCCAUCCAACAACCAAGCACGAAACCUAGGAGUCAUCCUUGAUUCUUUGAUGACUUCUUUUUUACAUCAAAUAGGCCAGCAUAAUCUAUCAACUUCAUCUCCAAAAUACACCUUUAAUCUGUCUGCUUCUUUCCAUUUUCAAUGCUAGUAUUUAAUCCUGAUGAGUAUUUUUUCUCACUUGAUUACUGUGAUAGCCAGUCAUACCUAUUCUCUCUGCUUCUACUCUUGACCCACCACCCACUUCGGCGCAUUCUUGGUAGAGUGGAAACAAUGAUCAUAACUUGAGUUGAGUAAAUUGUUGCUCACAGGAUAAAAGCUAAACCCCCUGCCAUGGCUUACAGAGUGCUGUGUGAACUGAACCUUACUGUUCUCUCCACCCCCAACCAUGCUCCCCUCUUUAUUGCCCACUGUGAUGCAGCUGCACUGGUUCUUCCAACAUGCCAAGAUCUAUUUUGCACCUCAGGGGCUUAGGAAAUGCUGGUAUCUCUGCUUAAGCUGCUCUCCUUGGCUAUCCUUUAUGUGACACUUAAAUACAUCCUGAGAAAGCCCUGCCCACAGCAUUGCUUGAAAGUAGUUCUCACCACUCUUCUCCCAGUUUUUUGUUUCCUUCAUUACUCAAUCCCUCUUCUCAAUUUGUAACUUUAUUUAUUUGUUUAUUUACUUUUUGUAUGUGUGUCUGUUUCUCAUUCUGGAAUGAAUGAGGGAAGAGACUGUGUCUGGAUGUCUAGAUUCUUCAACACUGUAUGUCCAGCCCCUAGCACAACUUGGCACAUAUCAGAUGCACAAUAAAUACCUGUUGAAGGAACAAAUAAACACCUUUGCUAAUUUUUUGGUUGGGAGUUCACUUUUUAUUGAUUUCUAAGAGCUCUUUAUAUAUUAAAAUAAUCAACUAUUUGUUCAAUAUGCUGCAGACAUUAUGCCCCUUGUCAUAUAUGUACCAAUUUAAUUCAUGAUGUCUUUGAUAUAUAGAAAUAUUACAUUUUCCAUUUAGAUAAAUCUAUCUUUUUCUUUCAUGAUUUCUGCUCUUGGUGAUAUGUUUUAAAAAAGUCUUCUCAAUCUCAAUGUUAUAUAAAUAUUUGUUUAUGUUUUCUUUUCUCUUAAUUUUUAAAGAUUGAAAUCUUUACUCCAAAUGGAAUUUAUUUUUGAUAUAGAUGUGAUUAAGGCUCUAACUAUUUAUUUAGUUGUUGCAUCAUCGUUUAUUGAAAACUCCCUCUUCCAUUGUUUUAAACCACAUUUACCAAAUAUUAAAUUCUUAAAUACA